UUGCUUUAUUUUCAUCUUGUUCAGAUUCUCGAGUGGCCUGAGUGUUCCGUGCAAGGAAAUAGAGAUGAAGACCAACAGCUAAAGGAAAGCAUCACUUCGGGUUUUAGUAAUCCUGUAGUCAAUUCAGUGGAAAUGAGUUCCGACGGUUACUAUCUUGCCGCUGUUACCGAUAACAAUCUUGUUUGCAUUUGGCGUUAUGCACCGCCACAGACUCCACUUCCUGCAACCACUCUUCCGCCAGGAAGUGCAGCUGCUGUGGCUGCAGCCGCAGCUGCCGCUGCAGCCGGCCCUCAGCCGACUUCGACACCCACUGCUAACAUGCCUAUGUCAAUACCAAUGCUUUUAUCUAGUACUUCCGGCUCCACAGCUGUCACUUCUGCUGGCAUGCUUUCUGCUAAUGGACGACCUGCCCAUGCAUUGCUUAGUGCUCACUAUACUGGAGCCUCAGGAUCUGUUGAUGUUGGACUUUCGGCACACGAUUUAUCCAUUGCAGUGGGCCCCGCCUCUGGUAUAGCUUAG